CACGAUGAUACCGAUGACGGAUACAAUACUCCCGAUGAUGAUGACGUUCGACGAAUUAAUGCAAACAAAUUCAAAUCUACUGCUCAAUCUGAUGCGAUUAUCGAUUUUCCAACUCCCGUAAUCGCUUCUGGCGGUCUUGAUGCUGGCUUGGACGCUGAAUGUAUCUUUAUGACCGGUUCAUCCGAUUAUCAUGAUCAUACUGGCGCAAAUUUGGGUACAAAAUCUGCCAUUGCAAAACUUUUGGCCGAAUCUGCAACUGCAACUUCGAUUGUUAAUGUUUCCAAUGAAAAUCCUGUCAAAUCGGCCGAUGUUACCGAAUCUGAACGUGAACCUUGUGUGGAUGAAAAACUUGCUAAAUCUCACGUUACAACACCUGUCACUGCGAUUGCUAAACCUGCCCCGGCUGUUGUCGCACCUGUUGCUGAACCUGCCGCUGGUACUCGUUCGAUCACCACAACCAAAUUUGCAAUCACUAAAAAACAAACUUCUGGUCAAUCAUUGGGCAAACAUAGGUUCAACGUUGGAACACGUUAUCGCGUUUGCGAUGUAAUCGGUGAAGGUGCAUACGGUGUCGUUUGCAGUGCCGUUCAUCGUUCGAGCGGACAAAAAGUUGCCAUCAAAAAAAUUCAACCUUUUGAACAUCAAAUGUUUGCUUUACGUACAAUGCGUGAACUCAAGCUUUUACGAUUUUUCCAAGAAAUGGACGUAUGUGAAAACAUUAUCAGUAUCUUGGACGUUGUCAAAGCUCCAACUUAUGAACAAUUCAACGAAGUUUAUUUCAUUCAAGAAUUAAUGGAAACUGACUUACACAGAGUAGUAAGAAGUCAAAAAUUAUCCGAUGAUCAUGCACAAUAUUUCGUUUAUCAAAUUUUACGUGCUCUCAAGGUUAUGCAUUCGGCCGAUGUCAUUCAUCGUGAUUUGAAGCCAAGUAACGUUUUACUCAAUGCAAACUGCGAUUUGAAAGUCUGUGACUUUGGAUUGGCACGCAGUCUUUUGACAGCUGAACCAGGAGGUGAAACAGGAUUUAUGACCGAAUACGUUGCCACUCGUUGGUAUCGUGCACCCGAAAUCAUGCUUACGUUCAAACAAUACACAAAAGCAAUCGAUGUUUGGGCAGUUGGUUGCAUUUUGGCUGAAAUGAUUACAGGUCGACCUUUGUUCCCCGGUCGUGAUUAUCAUCAUCAAAUUUCUUUAAUCUUGGAUGUUCUUGGUACACCUUCGAUCGAUGAUUGGUAUGCAAUCGGUUCAAGAAGAUCAAGAGAUUAUAUUCGUCAAAUGCCUUUACGUAAACGUAAAGAUUUUUCCAAAUUAUUCCCAACCGCAAGUCCUGAUGCUUUGGACUUCUUACAGAAAACUUUAGCAUUCAACCCAAAGAAACGUCCAACGGUCGAAGAAUGUCUUGCUCAUCCUUAUUUGGCCGCUUAUCAUGAUCCAGAAGAUGAACCAAGCGUUCAUAGCCUUGCACCCGAAUAUUUCUCUUAUGAUUUACAGCCAAGACCUUCUGCGCAAGAAUUACGUCGUGAAAUGUGGGAUGAGAUUGAAUCAUUGCCACGUUAUAUUUAA